GCAUCGCACCGCGACCGAAACAGAUCUCCUGGCUCCUGCUCCGCUCCUCGUCUCGUCUUCUUGGCCGGGAAGAAAGGAAAGGAAGGGAGGAAGCGGCGGAGACCAGGCGAUGGCGGCGCCGCUGGAGUUCCUGGAGACGCAGGGCGCGACGCGGCCCGAGCUGGCCGAGUGGUACGCCGCCCUCGCCGACCUCUACCAGCGGAAGCUCUGGCACCAGCUCACCCUCAAGCUCGACCAGUUCCUCGCCCUCGCCGUCGUCCAGGCGGGCGAUGCUCUGAUUCAGCUGUAUAAUCAUUUCAUCUCUGAUUUCGAAACCAAGAUCAACCUUCUUAAAUUUGCCCACUUCACGGUAGUAGUUUCACGCCAGUAUUCAGAUAAAGAUGCUGCUAUAAACUACCUAGAAGGUGUUAUUUCAAAGCUGCAUGAUACCAAGGAAUCACGGGUCGAAGAGCCCAUUCUGUAUGUGAAGAUGCAGAUUGCAAAUUAUCUUCUUGAGAAAGGGAGUCAAAAGGAGUGUAAGAAAUUGCUAGACGAGGGGAAAACCACUUUGGAUAGCAUGGUCGAUGUUGACCCAUCAGUGCAUUCGACCUACUAUUGGAUAUGUUCUCAGUACUACAAAGUCUGUCAGGACUAUUCUGAAUUUUACAAAAAUGCUCUUCUCUAUCUUGCAUACACAACAGUGGAGUCACUUUCAGAACCAUUCAAACAGAACUUGGCAUUUGACCUCUCACUUGCUGCUUUAUUGGGUGACAACAUAUACAACUUCGGGGAGUUGCUUGCCCAUCCAAUUAUCCAUAGCCUUGUGGGAACAGCGGUGGAGUGGAUUUAUCAUAUGUUGCAAGCCUUCAACUCUGGCAAUCUAGCCGCCUAUCAGGAACUCUGCAAAGUUCACGGCGCCGCCUUGGCUGCACAGCCUGCUUUGGCACAAAAUGAGAGCGGGCUACUUGAGAAGAUCAAUAUCCUCUGCUUGAUGGAAAUCAUUUUCAGUCGAGCAUCUCAAGACCGUACAAUUCCUUUGAGCACUAUUGCUGAGCAAACCAGGCUAUCAGUUGAAGAUGUCGAGUAUCUGCUAAUGAAGAGCCUCUCUGUAAGUCCCGCACUCCCUUGUGGCUGUAUGUAUAGUAUAGUUCCAGUGACAGUCAGAAGUGAAAUGAUGAAACGGCUGCUUUCUUACAUGUUGCAGGCUCAUCUAAUCGAAGGCAUAAUCGAUGAGGUCGACGGAACCGUCCACGUUUCGUGGGUGCAACCGAGGGUCCUUGGCAUCGACCAAGUGAAAUCCCUGCGUGACCGGCUGGACACCUGGGUCGGGAAGGUGCACACGACUUUGCUAUCUGUCGAAGCCGAGACGCCCGACUUGGUCUCUUCGUGAUGUUCCUGGGGUGCCCUGUUGAACAACGAUCGCUGUGACCUUACGCAGAGCGGAAGAAAGAACGAGGAACUCGAAAGUUGUAUUGAUUCUUAGGCCGCAGGCUCGCGAAACCUAGAAAGAUUUGUAAACAUUGAUCAGUGUCAUUUUGUUGGACGUGUAUCUCAGCUGUACGAUCGGUCUUACUAAAAUUUGCUUCUGAUCCUCGAAGACUGAAGUGGAUUGGAAAACAGUUGUCAGGGUUCAACGUCAA